AUGAAGUUCACUCAAUCCCUCCUCUUCGCCCUCCCAUUCCUCCAAUCCGCCGUAGCCCAGGGCGGUGGCAUGGUCGCCGUCGAAUGGUCCGUCGAGAACGUCACCGAAGCAGGCUUGUCUGAGAUUUUCUUCCCAAUGGAUAUCUCUGGUGCUCCCCGCAAGGAAGGUUUCUACUUUGCCCAGCAAUUCGGCUUCGUCAACCAACCUGCCGUGGGCUACACCGGUCUGCAGCCCCGUCCAGACGUCAACGGCCUUCCCGUCAUCCACGGAGUCUUCUCCAGUUUCAAUCCAGGCACCACCUCCGACGAUCCCAACUGCUCUGACGGUGCCGACGGUGGUUCCGGCGUCAGCUGUGCCGUUGAGAUCGUCGGCUCCUACGACCAUGAAUAUCAGCUGCACAUCAAGAACACCGAGGGAACCAAGUGGGUCGGAACUCUGGUUGAUAUUGUCAUGGGAAACAGCACUCAGAUCGGCUCUUACACUCUUGCUCCUGAAGCGAAGGGUAUUCAGAGCUACCAGAUGGGCUUCGUUGAAUUGUAUGCUUGGAACGAUGGCAAGGAGGAUCACGUGUGCUCUGAUGUGCCCAAGCAGAGUGUUGUUUUCGGAGCGCCCAUCUCUAAGGGCUACACUGGGACUGUGGGUAAGCCUUAUGAGUACGGCGACUGUGUUGGUGAAUCUCAAUUCGAGACCCAUGAGCACUCUGAUGGCAGCUGGUCUGUCACUGUUGGAUGGUAG